GCCCCAGAGGGAGAGAACCAGCCCAGCACUGAUGUGGAUCUGUUUGUCUCAACAGAGAAGAUUAUGGUGCUGAACACAGACUUGCAGGAGAUCAUGAUGGAUCAUUCAUUGAGAACAAUUUCUUACAUUGCUGACAUUGGAGACAUACUGGUAAUCAUGGCAAGACGUAGACUGAUCACCAGCCCUGACGACAUGUUGGGCAGACGCAGGCGACAAGCCAAGAUUCUCUGUCAUGUGUUUGAGUCAGAUGAG